CCAGGUGACUUCUGCGACGUAAACUACUGUCAGAACGGGGGCACCUGCCUGACCGGGAUUAAUGAGACCCCCUUCUUCUGCAUCUGCCCUGAGGGCUAUGUUGGGAUUGACUGCAAUGAGACAGAGAAAGGCCCCUGCCACCCCAAUCCUUGCCACAACAACGGUGUGUGCCAGCUGGUCCCAAACCGGGGGGAUGUCUUCACCGACUACAUCUGCAAGUGCCCCGCGGGGUAUGACGGAGUGCAUUGCCAGAACAACAAGAACGAGUGCUCCUCCCAGCCUUGCAAAAACGGAGGCACCUGCCUGGACCUGGACGGCAACUACGCCUGCAAGUGUCCUUCUCCGUUCCUGGGGAAGACCUGCCACAUCCGCUGUGCCGUUCUCCUGGGCAUGGAAGGAGGAGCCAUCUCUGAUGCCCAGCUCUCGGCAUCCUCUGUUCUCUUCCUUGGCCUCCAGCGCUGGGGGCCAGAGCUCGCCCGCCUCAACAACCACGGCAUCGUCAAUGCCUGGACCUCCAGCAACUACGACACAAGCCCGUGGAUCCAGGCCAACCUGCUGCGGAAGAUGCGGCUGAGCGGGAUCAUCACACAAGGCGCUCGCCGCGUGGGCCAGCCGGAGUACGUCCGCGCCUACAAAGUUGCCUACAGCCUGGACGGGCGGGAGUUCACCUUCUGCAAGGACGAGAAACAGGACACAGACAAGGUUUUCCAGGGGAACAUGGACUACGGCACCAUGCAGACCAACAUGUUCAACCCUCCCAUCACCGCCCAGUUCAUUCGCAUCUACCCCGUGAUGUGCCGCCGUGCCUGCACGCUGCGCUUUGAACUCAUCGGCUGCGAGAUGAACGUGUAUUUCAACACGGCAGGGUGCGCUCCUGCUACGGCAGGUUGCUCGGAGCCUCUGGGCAUGAAAUCCCGCCUGAUCUCCGACCAGCAGAUCACAGCCUCCAGUGUCUUCAAGACCUGGGGCAUCGACGCCUUUACCUGGCACCCCCAUUACGCUCGCCUGGACAAGACGGGCAAAACCAACGCCUGGACCGCACUCCACAAUGGCCAGUCCGAGUGGCUGCAGAUCGACCUCCGGGACCAGAAGAAGGUGACGGGCAUCAUCACGCAAGGAGCCCGUGACUUCGGGCACAUCCAAUACGUGGCAGCCUACAAGGUGGCCUACAGUGACAACGGCACGUCCUGGACCCUCUACCGGGAUGGCCAGACAAACAGCACCAAGAUCUUCCACGGUAACAGUGACAACUACUCACACAAGAAGAACGUGUUCGACGUGCCCUUCUACGCCCGCUUCGUCCGCAUCCUGCCCGUGGCCUGGCACAACCGCAUCACCCUGCGCGUGGAGCUGCUGGGCUGCGACGAGUAGGCGCCCGGGGAGG